AUGAAGCUAGUUCCAACGACAAAACAAAUCUCGAUUUUUAGCACCGUCACGGUUCUGGGCUUCGGAUCCUUAGCCAUCUGGUUGUUGUUAGGCAAUGGCUCCUACAAUGGCUUUUUGCGUCCCCCGACAUUUACAGGCGCCCUUGAGAAACAUCUGGGCGAGAACGAAGAUCCAGGCUGGAGGGACCGGUACUAUCGGGAGGUUUUCACCGAGCCCAAUCGAACGACAGAUACCAUCCUCACACCCAAUCUCGCGGAAUUGUGUCAAGCGAUAACAUGGCGGCCGAACCUAUACCUCAAUUGCACGCGCGUUUCCGCCGGGCUCUUCAACCAGGUCAAUGAGAUCAAAAACUGCAUUCGCAUGGCGAUAGAUACCGGGGCCAACUUGAUCCUACCAUCCAGCAGCGAGAGAGAUUCCGAAAGAUUAAACAAUUUUCACACAGGUGACAUCGCAUGGAAACGUCAGUUUAGGCAGAGAUGGGACGAGGAACAUAUAAUGUCACAUCUUGGCAAAGCUUGUCCGCAGAUGAAGGUCUUACCAUCAGACGAACCGCCCAUAUCGAAUGCGACACAUAUCUUGGUCGACCCAAAGGGGUCACCUGGGUUUAAAGAAUAUUUGGGACACUUUGAUGGCACCAGGACGUUCCGCGAUUACGUCGACAAGACCUCGAGCGAGAAAGGAGCUACCCUCAACUCGACUAUUUCACCUGUUGUUCUGGAAAUUGAAUGGACGCUUCUGGUCAUCAAUCCUGAGAAUGACCCGACCGGACUAGAUUGGCGGGCUUGGACCGAGAUAAGCUUAUUAAUACGACCGACAGAGUCUCAUCGGCGGUUGGUGCAGAAACUAUCAGAAGCAGAAAGCCUACGGAAGGAUUCAUACAUCGGCGUUCAUCUCCGGGUAGAACACGAUGCUGUAGGAAAGUGGUGGGAUGAUCUUGAGCUGCAGGUAUCAAAGAACUUAAACUCUAUUGACGUCGUGGCGAAGCGGUUUAGAGAACAGCGCGGGGAUGGCAAAAAUCCGUUUAUCUAUGUGGCCUGUGGUGACAAGAAAGGCAUUGAAAGGUUCAGGGAACUUGCAGCGCUACGCGGAUACAUCGUGCUUGAUAAAUGGGGAGUAUUGGGAAACGAUACUGAAUCUCUUGGCGAGAUUGAUAAGCUUAGCUUCGAUGAGAGAGGCUUGUUAGAUUACGCCGUACUGCUCAAUGGAUAUUUUUUCUUAGGUACGCUAGGGUCGUCAUUCUCCUACACCGUCGCCAAUAUGAGAAGCGACCGCGGACGGUUUCCUGGAACUAGCUUUGUGGUAGAUGACAUGGCGAAGUCGUUCUCCCACUUGUUUAUGCCACCAUCCGGUCGUGCUCAUUUCGCUUGCUGUUUAUAA